AUGGGUGAAAUUGUUUUGCCUGUAGCAUCAAGUGGAAUUGCGUCCCUAUUUCUUCCAAAAGGUCGAACCGCCCAUUCAAGGUUCGGGCUUCCACUCAAUGUUUGUGAAAACUCUACGUGUGUAGCUAUUAGGCCUGGUUCUGACUUAGCUGCAUUGCUCAUGAGAACAAAGCUAAUUAUCUGGGAUGAAGCACCAAUGAUGCACAAAUAUUGCUUUGAAGCACUUGAUAGGAGUUUAAAGGACAUUAUGCAAGUUGUUGAUCGAGAUAAUUUGCAUCGACCAUUUGGAGGUAAAGUUGUUGUCUUUGUUGGUGAUUUAAGACAGAUUCUGCCUGUUAUACCCAAGGGUACAAGGCAAGAUAUAGUAUUUGCGACCUUAAACUCUUUGUUUCUAUGGGAUUCAUGUAAGGUUUCGAAGCUUACACGCAAUAUGAGACUUCAAUCAUGUUCUUCUUCGUCUACCGCUAAUGAAAUAAGGGAGUUCUUAGAAUGGAAACGGAGCGUUGGUGAUGGCAGAGCUGGAGGGCCCAAUGAUGGAGAAGUCGAUAUUGAAAUCACUGAAGAUAUUCUUAUAGACGGUGGAGAUGUCCCCAUAUCAUCGAUUGUCGACAGCACAUACCCUUCACUCACUGAUCACCUUUGGGAAGCCAAAUACUUCCAAGAAAGAGCAAUUCUAGCUCCAACUAAUGAAAUAGUUGAGAAGGUAAAUGAUCAUGUGUUGUCCACAAUUACAGGUGAUGAGAAAAUUUACUUGAGUUGUGAUGCAAUUAGUAAAGAUGAAGGGAACUUAAGGGCUCAUGAUAUAUAUUCUACUGAAUUCUUAAACACAAUAAAGUGCUCGGGCCUGCCAAAUCAUAGUAUUAAGUUAAAGUUGGUGCGCAUAUCAUGUUGCUUCGUAAUAUUGAUCAGACAUUUGGAUUGUGUAACGGCACGAGGCUGGUAG